CCCAACAACCGCAAACGCAAACGGACCCACGGCUGGAUCAAGCGCAUCAGCACGCCAGCCGGCAUCGAGGUCAUCCUCCGGCGCAUGCUGAAGGGCAGGAAGUCUCUGACCCACUGA